AGGCGGCGAGGGAGAGCGAGGUAGAGGAAGGGCUGCUCCGCUCUGCUGUGUGUGGGCUUCGGGAUUUUUUUUUUCUUUUCUCUCUUUUUUUUUUUUUUUUUUUUUUUUUUUUUCCUUCUUCUUUUCCUACUUCCAUCCUCUCCCCGCCACUGGAAGUCCUCCCGUAUCUAAAUGGAAUUAGUGGAGACCGAAGCCCCUUGUGUAAGGAACAGACAUGACCCAUGGGCGCAGCUUCUUUCACAUUGUAGCAAGUCUAAUCAUCCUACAUUGGUCUGGGGCAACCAAAAAAGGAACAGAAAAGCAAACUACUUCCGAAGGACAGAGACCAGUGCAGUGUGGAACUUGGACAAAAAAUGCAGAAGGAGGCAUCUUCACUUCUCCCAAUUACCCCAACAAGUAUCCUCCGGACAGAGAGUGUGUCUACAUCAUAGAAGCUGCUCCUAGACAAUGCAUUGAACUACACUUUGAUGAAAAAUAUUCCAUAGAGCCUUCUUGGGAAUGUAAAUUUGACCACAUUGAAGUACGAGAUGGACCUUUUGGCUUUUCCCCCAUGCUUGGACGUUUCUGUGGACAGCAAAAUCCACCUAUGAUAAAAUCCAGUGGCAGAUUCCUGUGGAUUAAAUUUUUUGCUGAUGCUGAACUGGAAUCUAUUGGGUUUUCUGCUCGAUAUAAUUUUACACCUGAUCCAGAUUUUAAGGACCUUGGUGUUUUGAAGCCAUUGCCAGUUUGUGAGUUUGAGAUGGGAGGACCUGAAGGAAUUGUGGAAUCUGUACAAAUUGUUAAAGAAGGAAAAGCUUCUGAAACUGAAGCAGUAGACUGUAAAUGGUACAUCCGAGCACCACCCCGAUCCAAGAUCUAUUUGCGAUUCUUGGACUACGAGAUGCAGAAUUCCAACGAAUGCAAAAGGAAUUUUGUAGCAGUCUAUGACGGAAGCAGCUCUGUGGAGGAUCUGAAGGCAAAGUUUUGCAGCACAGUUGCCAACGAUGUAAUGCUGAGGACAGGUCUGGGUGUGAUCCGCAUGUGGGCAGAUGAAGGCAGCCGAAACAGCCGAUUCCAGAUGCUCUUCACAUCUUUCCAAGAACCCCCUUGUGAAGCCAACACAUUCUUUUGCCACAGUAAUAUGUGUAUAAAUAAUACACUGGUCUGCAAUGGACUCCAGAACUGUGUGUACCCCUGGGAUGAAAACCACUGCAAAGAAAAAAGAAAAGCAAACUUAUUGGACCAACUUACCAAUACCAGUGGGACUAUAAUUGGGGUGACUUCUUGCAUUGUGAUCAUCCUCAUUGUUAUCUCUGUUAUAGUACAGAUCAAGCAGCCUCGUAAAAAAUUUGUCCAAAGGAAAACAGACUUUGAUCAAACAGUGUUCCAGGAGGUGUUUGAGCCUCCUCAUUAUGAGUUAUGCACCCUUAGAGGGACAGGGACUACAGCUGACCUUGCUGACGUUGCAGAUGACUUUGAAAAUUAUCAUAAACUGCGGAGAUCCUCUUCAAAAUGCAUUCAUGACCAUCACUGUGGAUCACAAGUGUCUAGUAUUAAGGGCAGCCGUAGUAACCUCAGCACAAGAGAUGCUUCUGUCUUGACAGAAAUACAACCCCAGCCUGUAAAACCACUUGUUCAGCCCAUGAACAGGAGAAAUAUCCUUGUCAUGAAGCAUAGCUACUCACAAGAUGCUGCAGAUGCGUGCGAGAUAGACGAAAUUGAAGAGGUGCCAACCACAAGUCACAGGCUGUCCAGACAUGAUAAAGCUGUGCAGCGGUUCUGCCUGAUUGGGUCUCUAAGCAAACAUGAGUCUGAGUACAACACAACUAGGGUCUAAGAGAAAAACCUGAGACUGCUUGAGAAUAGUGCGCUCCUGGGUGAUUUUGAACAUGCUACAGUGAAAUGUGAAACUAUCGUCCUUGGAAACACCAGCUAGAGGUUUUAUGGACUCUGACCAGCUAUUCUCUUAUCAUGAAAAAAUUCAGCAGUGUUGAGUAAAAUUACUAGAAGGCAAUAAGACUUUGGUUAUUAUGCUUAUCAGUCAUUUCUCUUUUUCUUUUUCUCUCUUUUUUUUUUUUUUGUUGCAAGUAAAAUUCCCAAUUUCAGGAACAAUUAAUUGAAAUCAGGUAUUUAGCCAUUCAUAAUCACUUCAAUAGAAAUGUUUGUUGGAUAAGCACCUAGCAAUAUGACUGAAUUUGACAUUGAGAAAUUAAUCUGCAUGUAUGUUACUGAAUAUUUGAGUUGGCAAAAAAUCCCUUUAUUAGAUACAUUGUAAAAAGCAUGCAUUCACAGUUAUUGCUGUUACUGUUCCAUUUCUGUGUCAUAUGCUUGCUACUUGUAACUUUUAUAUAAAAAUACAUAAAACAAUGUAUAAUGAUUUUGUACCUUGAGUUUAAUGCAAUGUUUUCUUUAACCUAAUUUACCAGUCCUGUGUAAUUCAGGAGAUUAAGCUCAAAGUGUAGUUUCUAGGAACUUGAAACACAGAUAUAUCAGAGAAUCAACUGUCUGUCAUCCCUCAAUUACUGAACAGAAAACAUUAUUUUUAUAAUAGGUUUAUCACCUUAUUUCAGUUAAAAGGUUUGUGAUAAUCUAUGUAUUUCAUUCUGUACUCUUAACUAAUUUAUUUCCAUGGCAAUUAUUAGGAAGUUUGCAUCAGUAUGGUAGAGUAGCAGAUUUUUAUCAGUUACACAAAUCUUAUGGUUGGGUUCCAACUCUAGAAAUACAGACAGAAACCAUUUCACUAGGCAAGAUAAAAUUAUAUUUGUAAUUCAAGCUGUAAGUAUUAAUAACCAACACAAAAAUCAAAUUUGAGAUGUUGCAUUGUUAAGGAAUUAUUAGAGGUUGAAUAGCCACUAUUAUGUAAACUUGAAAG